UCAAGGUAGGAACACUCCUUGGUGGCAGAGAACCAAGAAUGACAUUCCUCUCAUUCUCCUGCCGUUCUAAUCCUUUGGGCCAGAUUUCCAUUGCAAGAUGGCAAUCCAGAUGGGACACCAAGUCCCGUUUGUCUUCGCGGCAUGCUUGGAAAAACCGCCCACAGGAGUUUUCCCCAGAUUUUCUAAUCUGAGAAGCAUAUUUUUCCAAGGAUGCAGAGAAUACAGAGGGAAGGAAGGGGCGGAAAAGCAACUAAUGAAGUGGGCCAAGUGAUUUUGCUAUUUGAGACAAAGGGCAAAAUGGAAGGCGCAUGUCCCUUGCCCUCUUCAACCUAGAAGCAGGAUUGUUUGCUGUCUGGACUGAAGAUGCCAACCAAUGGGAUCCACCAGGCCUUGAAGAUCCAGUUUGGCUUAAUCAAUUCUGAUAAUCGCUAUUUAACAGCAGAGCACUUUGGGUAUAAAAUCAAUGCCUCGGCACCGAGUUUGAAAAGGAAGCAAAUAUGGAGCCUGGAACAGGACGGAGACAGCUCGGUGGUCUUUUUAAAGAGCCAUCUAGGUCGGUACUUGUCUGCCAGCAAGGAUGGCAAAGUCUCCUGUGAAGCUGAGAAGCCAGAAACUGACGGGUGUUUUAUCAUUGUCACUCAGUCAGAUGGACGCUGGGCGCUCCAGUCAGAACCAUACAAGCGCUUCUUUGGUGGUUCUGAAGACAGGUUGUCCUGUUUCGCCCAAACCAUUACUGAAACUGAGCUUUGGGUUGUACACUUGGCCAUCCACCCCCAAGCUAAUCUUUUGAGCGUUAGCAGGCGAAGAUAUGCUCACCUCAGUGCCCAAGAGGAUGAGAUCUCUAUUGACAGCAAUAUCCCUUGGGGAGUGGAUUCACUUAUCACUCUUACCUUCCAGGACAAAAAGUAUUGCCUACGAACCUGCGACAAUCGCUACCUGUGCAACGAUGGUAUCUUGGUCCAGGAGCCGGACCGCCGUUCAGGUUAUACCCUGGAAUUCAAGGCAGGAAAGUUGGCCUUCAAGGAUUGUAAUGGGAAAUACCUAGCACCAGUGGGACCUACGGGCACUCUAAAAUCUGGCAGGAGCUCCAAGCCGGGCAAAGACGAACUCUUUGAUCUGGAAGAGAGUCACCCACAAGUCGUUUUCAUGGCUUCCAAUGGCAGAUACGUCUCCAUCCGUCAAGGUGUUAAUGUCUCGGCCAAUCAGGAUGAAGAGACACACCAUGAAACCUUCCAGAUGCAAAUUGACAAAGAAACCAAGAAGUGCAUUUUCCAUUCCAACACAGGCAACUACUGGACCUUGGUGGCACAUGGAGGGAUUCAAGCCACGGCUACUGAAAUAUCCACCAGCACUAUGUUCGACCUUGAAUGGCGGGGUCGCCGUGUUGCCCUUAAAGCUAACAAUGGCAAAUACAUCUGUACCAAGAAGAAUGGGCAACUGGCAGCUGUCAGUGACAGAGUGGGGAAAGAUGAAGAAUUUGUUAUCAAGCUGAUCAACCGACCCAUUCUAGUUCUUCGUGGGGCCCAUGGAUUUGUUUGUUACCAUCGCAACUCCAAUUUGUUGGAUGCCAACCGUUCCAUCUACGAUGUCUUCCACCUCAAUUUCAAUGAUGGUGCUUACCAGAUCAAAGGCCUCAGUGACAGGUUCUGGUACGUGGCUAGCAAUGGCACCGUGUGCAGUGAUGGCGAGACAUCUGAGGACUUCUUCUUUGAGUUUCGCGAGUGCAGCCGAGUGGCCAUUAAAGGGAAGAAUGGGAAAUACCUACGAGGAGACUCAGCUGGAACCCUGAGGGCUGAUGCCGAUACCCUAAACUGUGCAACAUUUUGGGAGUACUGAGCCCCUCCCACAGGGCUUGAGAUGCUCCAGGGCCCAGCCUGGUGCCCAAGCCUGGACACUGAAUGGUAUAUGAGGGGAAGGUGAGUUCUGGCACCUGGACUCAAGGGGCCUUACACUUCCAUACCCUGCAAGGAAAAAGGUGGAUCAGAAUAGAGGAACCUCUUCACCUAGGGCAGGGGUGUCAAACUCGCAACGUCAUCUGACGUGUCACGACAUAUUUUUUCCAUUGCCGGCAAUGGGGUGGGCACAGUUUUGGCAUGACGCACCCGGCCUGCGGGCCGGCAGUUUGACACUCCUAACCUAGGGCUUUUGUUUUGCUUUGUUUUGGUCUUCCUUGCCUAAGUUUAAAAGUGACACACUAGUAAGGCUCCUAGGAGGAGGUUAUUGUGCUAUGUCAGACUAAGUUACAGAGGUUGUAUUUCCCUUCCAGCAUUCCUAGGGCAUCCUUGUUUUUUUUUUUUUCCUUCAGAAGUACCAGGCCUUACAAGGCAUCUGAUUAGGUAUGUCUACAUUCCAGAAAACAUGGGUAUGCAAAACAGAGGAGACAGGAUAGUUUCAGGAUUCUUUGCAAAUGUGGAAAGUCAGUUCCUUCUAGCUGGAUUCAAUAACUGAGGACACAGGAUAGGUGUGCUCCCAAUUCCCAACAUAAUGAAGCCUAUGUAGUUAUUUGGCCCUUAAAAUCUGCCCCUUUAAAGCUAAGUAGCAAUAGGCCCAGAACAUUCCUAUAUGGUGACCAACUUUUUUACAAUGAAAAGGAAGACACAAAUAAAUUGAAGAAAAAAAUAUCGUAAAUAAAAGAAACAUUUUAUUCAUUGCAACAAUAAUACAGACAACUUGCAUAUGCAAAGUUUG